AUGAGUUUUAUUGCCAGUAUUUAUGACCCAAUAGGUCUUAUUAAUCCAGUAGUUGUAACUUGUAAAAAUUUAUUUCAAAGGAUUUGUGUUUCUAAGUUAGGUUGGAAUGAAAAUUUGUAUGGUGAUUUAUUGUCUACUUGGAAUCUUAUUUUAAGUGAUUUCAAAUCUGUUUUUCAAAUAGCAGUACCUCGAUGGUAUAUGAGUCCUGGGUUGGGUAAUAUAAAUAAUGUAAAAUUUGAAUUACAUGGUUUUUCUGAUGCAAGUGUUAAGUCGUUUGGGUGUUGUGUUUAUCUUAGAUUUUUUAAUGCUAAUUUUAGUCGUGCCUCUUUGAUAGCCUCGAAGUCUAGGGUUGCCCCAUUAGGCAAAAACACAAUGCCUCGAUUAGAGCUUUCUGCAACUUUACUUUUAGCAAAGCUAUUAGCAUCUAUUUACGAUCAAUUGAUAUCUAUUUAUAACAUUUCAAAUAUAGUAUAUUGGACUGAUUCAACAAUUUGUUUGCAUUGGAUUUUUAAUACUAAUAAUACCUAUGAACAGUUUGUACAAAAUCGUUUAAAUAAAAUAAGAGAAUUGACUUUAAUUUGUAAUUGGAACUAUAUUGAAUCCUUUAGGAAUCCUGCAGAUAUAAUAUCACGAGGAUCUUCGCUUAAGAAAUUAAAUAAUAAUGAACUUUGGUUUUAUGGACCCAAUUUUUUAAAUGAUAUUAAUAUUAAAUGGCCAUAUUAUGAACAUGUUAAUCAUUCAAAUGAAACACUUGAAGUUUUGUGUAAUGUGGUACAUGUUAAGGUUAAUGUUAAUCUUGACUUUAUUAAUGUUGAUAAAUUUAGUGAUUUUAGGUAUUUACUUCGAGUAACAUCGUGGAUUCUUCGGUUUAUCAAUAAUGCGAAAGAUAAAAAGAAGAACAUCUUCAAGACUGGUUUAAUUACAGCUGAAGAAAUAGAUAAUGCAAAGCGGUUGUGGAUUAAAUUUUCACAGAUAAAUCUAAUCGAUGAGAAUAAAUUUAAACAAUUACGAAAAGAUUUACGUUUAUUUCUUGUCAAGCACAAUGGUGUGAAAGAAACAAUUAAUGCUUUAAGAUCCCAGUAUUGGAUACCUUGUUGUAGGCAGUUAGCAAAGAGCGUGAUACGAGAAUGUACAACUUGUCGACGUAUAGAGGGUAGGCCUUAUUCAUACCCACCUGCUCCACCUUUGCCUGAAAGUCGUUUAAAUUCUGAUUUCGCCUUUAAAAGUAUUGCUUUGGAUUAUGCUGGUCCGCUGUAUAUUAAAGAUAUUUAUGGCGCUUGUACGUUGAAUAAAGCAUGGAUUUUCUUAUUUACAUGUUGCAGUAGUCGUUUGAUUUUAUUAGACUUAGUAGCUGACUGUUCAUCUAGAUCAUGCAUUAUGGGUAUCCGUAGAUUUAUUGGAAGACGGGGUGUUCCAGAAAUUAUUUAUUCAGACAAUGGUUCACAAUUUGUUUCAACUGAAACUCAGUACUUUGCUGCAAACCAUUCUAUAAAAUGGAAGUUUAAUGCGCCUUCGGCACCGUGGUGGGGAGGGAUGUUUGAGCGACUAGUACGAAUGACUAAAAGAUGUUUGAAGAAAGCCUUAAAGAAUUCGAAGUCUUCUUAUGAAGAAGUACGAACGUUGCUUUCUGAAAUUGAAAUGGUACUAAAUAACCGACCAUUAACUUAUUUGUAUAACAAUCAAGGUGAUGAAGCACUCACACCUAAUCACUUAGUUUUUGGACAUAAGCUUAAGCUUGAAUCAAGUCUUAGUGCUUGUAAUGAUAUAGAACAAGAUGUGCAUAUACGAAACAGUAUGUUAUCGAAUACAUUGAAUCAUUUUAGAAGUAGAUUCAAAAGUGAGUACUUGACAGAGUUGCGUGAAUAUCAUAAAUCAAAGCGGAGUAAUGGAUGUAAUGGUAUUCGUGUUAAUGACAUUGUAUUAAUUGAAAAUGAUAACUGUAAAAGACAAUUAUGGAAAUUAGCACGUGUUGAAGAAUUGUUAUAUUCAAACGACGGAGUUGUUCGCGUUGCUAAAGUUUGUUACAAACAAGAGAAUGGUAGUUCGUGUUUAAUUACUCGACCCAUUAAUAAACUAUAUCCUACUGAAUAUUCAGACAAUGAAAAAAUAGUAACUGUUGCCUUUAUUAACGAGAAGAAUAUUCCUUUACUUGUAAAUGGUGGCCGGGAGUGUUGA